AUGACUGCUAUGCCCAAGCGCGAAUACGACAACGACGACAGCGCCCGCGUCAAGCGCGUCAAGACUGAAUCCACCGGCAAAGGCGAUAUGGACGCCGCCUCUAACCCGUACCUCGCGCACUGGAACGAUACCAAAGACAGUGCCGCCACCGGCCAGGGCCUCCAAGGCUUCAAGCGCCAUGCUACCACCACUGCGCAAGCCAAUGCCGCAGAGAACGGGCCCAGCAACCCCUUCACCGGCCGCCCCCUCUCCAAAAAGUACAUGAGCAUCCUCGAGAAGCGCCGUGACCUGCCCGUCCACCAACAGCGUGAUGAGUUCCUCAAGCUCUACCAGGAGUCGCAGAUCCUUGUCUUUGUCGGUGAGACUGGUUCUGGAAAGACGACACAGAUUCCCCAGUUCGUUCUCUUUGACGACCUUCCCCAGACCGAGGCCAAGAUGGUCGCUUGUACGCAGCCUCGUCGUGUCGCUGCCAUGUCGGUGGCCCAGCGUGUGGCUGAGGAGAUGGACGUCGAGCUAGGCGAAGAGGUUGGAUACAGCAUUCGUUUCGAGGACAAGACGGGGCCAAAUACCAUUCUCAAGUACAUGACGGACGGAAUGUUGCUGCGUGAGGCCAUGAACGACCACAACCUCACGCGCUACAGCACAAUCAUCCUCGACGAGGCUCACGAAAGGACCUUGGCCACCGAUAUCCUUAUGGGUCUGCUCAAGGAAGUUGUUCUGCGCCGGCCCGAUCUCAAGCUCAUCAUCAUGAGUGCCACUCUCGACGCUACCAAAUUCCAAAAGUACUUCCACAACGCCCCGCUCCUCGCCGUCCCCGGACGAACCCACCCCGUCGAGGUAUUUUAUACCCCCGCGCCCGAGCGCGACUAUGUCGAAGCUGCUCUCCGCACCGUCCUUCAAAUCCACGCUACCGAACCCGAGGGUGACAUUCUGCUCUUCUUGACUGGUGAGGAGGAAAUUGAGGAUGCAUGCAGAAAGAUCAACCUUGAAGCCCAAGAUCUUAGUCGCGAGGGUGGUGCAGGUCCACUGGUUGUAUACCCGCUCUACGGAACUCUGCCUCCGGCGCAACAACAAAAGAUCUUCAAUCCCGCUCCUCCCCCAUCAACCCCUGGCGGCCGCCCCGGACGAAAGGUUAUUGUUUCUACCAACAUUGCCGAGACAUCUUUGACUAUUGAUGGAAUCGUCUAUGUCGUAGAUCCAGGUUUCAGUAAGCAAAAGGUCUACAACCCUCGUAUCCGUGUCGAGUCACUGUUGGUAUCGCCCAUCUCCAAGGCAUCUGCACAGCAACGUGCUGGACGUGCCGGACGUACGCGCCCCGGUAAAUGCUUCCGAUUGUACACCGAGGCUGCCUUCAAGAAGGAGCUCAUUGAGCAAACAUAUCCUGAAAUUCUGCGCUCAAACUUGGCAAGCACGGUUCUAGAGCUCAAGAAGCUUGGCGUUGACGACCUGGUACAUUUUGAUCUCAUGGACCCUCCUGCGCCCGAGACUCUGAUGCGUGCGUUGGAAGAGCUUAACUACUUGGCAUGUCUGGACGAUGAGGGCGAACUUACCACACUGGGAAGUCUCGCAUCUCAAUUCCCCCUGGACCCUGCGUUGGCAGUCAUGCUCAUCACCUCUCCCGAAUUCUACUGCUCCAAUGAGAUGCUGUCUCUCACUGCACUCCUCUCUGUGCCUCAAAUCUUCGUCCGUCCAGCCAACAACCGCAAGCGAGCAGACGAGAUGAAGGACUUGUUCGCACACCCUAAGGGUGACCACCUCACAAUGCUGAACGUCUACCAUGCAUUCAAGAGCGAAGAGGCUCAGGAAAACCCAAAGCAAUGGUGCCAUGACCACUUCCUGUCAUACAGAGCGCUCCAGCAAGCGGACAACGUCCGUCUCCAGCUUAAGCGCAUAAUGGAGCGUGAGGAGUUGGAGCUUGUGUCUACACCAUUUGAGAACAAGAAGUACUAUGAGAAUAUCCAACGUGCACUUGUCGCAGGCUUCUUCAUGCAAGUCGCUAAGCGUGAUGGCAACGGCAAGAGUUACAUUACAGUCAAGGAUGAGCAAAAUGUUCUUCUGCAUCCCAGCACAGUGCUGGCUGAGGACAGCGAAUGGGUCAUCUAUAACGAAUUUGUACUCACCACGAAGAACUACAUUCGAACCGUCACCUCCGUCAAGCCUGAGUGGCUCAUGGAUAUUUCUCCCAACUACUACGAUUUAUCGCAGUUCAAGAAGGGCGAGAUCAAGACGGCUCUGCAACGCGUUGUCACCAAGAUUCAACGCAAGGAGGCUGAGAAAGGAGGACGACGAUGA